GUUAGCUCAGUCUUCUCUGUCUCAGUCCAAGAGUUACCACGCGCUCCGGCAUCGUUCAGAGGAGCUUCUGGUGCCCACGCUGGAGAAAGUGGUUGUUUUAGGGGAGAAUUUUGUUGAUUAUUUAAGAAUCCCAAAAUGGCGGAGUCGCCGACGGAGCCCCUCAACCCCCACAGCCAAGUUCCCGCCAAAACCGAGAGUCGUUCGCAGCGCCGCUCGCGGUUGCUGCGGCAGGGCGGAAAAGUGUUCAUGGCAAGUCUCGGCUGCUGGGUGAUGGGCUCGAUGUUCACGUUCCCGUCCGUCGUGGCGACUGACCUCCUGCAUAGCAACACGACCAUCUACGGCACGCCCAUCUCCUUCGGGAACUCGCUCGAUAUGCUGGGCAGCCUCGUCCAGCUGGGGUCGCUGCCGGGGGCGUGGGCCGUGGCGGGGCUGGCGGUCGUCCUCGGGCGGAGGUACAGCAUGAUGAUCUCAGGCAUUGUGGCUUUGCUGGCGUGGUUGGGCGUCGGGCUCUCCCCCAGCAGCGUGGGCGUGCUGGUGUCCAGAGCGGUGUCGGGCAUGGCCAUGGGCGGCCUCACGGUGGUCGUCAACAUCUAUGCCAUUGAGCUCUCGGAUCCCGACGUCAGGGGCAUGAUGGGCAUGAUGCUUAACCUGGGCAUCAUGGCAGGCCAGCUGGUGACCGUGUCCGUGGGUUACGAAACCAGGUACUUCGUGGUUGCUCUUAUUGACUCUCUCAUCCCCGCCAUCUUCUUCCUGGGGUUGAUAUGGCUACCUGAGAGUCCGUCCUUCCUCGUUCUUAAAGGACGCGACGAGGAAGCCCGGAAGGUCAUCCGACAGCUCCGCGGCGAGCACAUCAACGUCGACGAGGAGAUCCAUAACUACCGAGCGAUGAACGAGGGGCGGGAAGGGCGCACCGUCUGGCGGGGACUCAUGCAGCCGCGGAUCCUCAAGAACCUGGGAAUCGUGUCCAUGCUCUUCGUCAUCGUCUUCUUCUCAGGAUUUUUCAUCGUUAACGCCAAUGCUUCGAGAAUGUUCAAGGCCGCGGGUUCUACCAUCGACGCAAAUUUAGCAGCCAUUAUCAUCAAUAUCGUGCAGUUAAUAGGCGGGUUCAUUGGAUUUCUAUUAGCGGACAAAUUUGGUAGAAAGGGAUUGCUAUAUUCAGGCCUAACGCUUAUGUGUAUAUCCCUAACUGGCCUGGCGACAUAUGUUGGUCUCACAGAGUCUCAUGAUGGGGACGGCUUUCCCGACGACCUACUGGGAAACACGACCGCCACGCCAUCUAUCUCGACCUUCACUAACGAACAGAUAGACGUCAUGAGUGAAGGCCCAGUCAUCCAACGACACGGCUGGAUUCCGCUUGCGUGCCUCAUCGUGUGUCAGUUCGGCGCUGCGUUUGGCGUCAAUGCUAUUCCCUUCAUCCUGAGCACAGAGUAUUUCCCUACGUGGAUCAGGGCGCAGGCCAGUGGAAUCUGCUUCUCGGUCUACACAGCUGCCUCCUUCUCUGCCCUGCAGCUGUACACGCCCAUGAGGGAAGGACUCACCCAGGCAGGCCUCUACGGCUUCUAUGCCUGCGUGUCCGCCGUGGGAAUCCCUUUCACCUACUUCUUUAUUACCGAAACCUCAGGACAACAAGUGGGAUAAGGUUUCGCGGACGGGACUAGUCUCUCUCUCUCUCACUCACUCACUCACUCACUCACUCACUCACUCACUCACUCACUCACUCACUCACUCACUCACUCACGCACACGCACUCACUCACUCACUCACUCACACACACACACACACACACACACACACACACACACACACACACACACACACACACACACACACACACACACACACACACACACACACACAAUGUUAUGAUACAGGAUGCAUUAUUCAUAGCCAAUUGAGUGAGAGCAUUUCAUACUUGGACUGUGUGCUCUUAAUUAUUAUGGGAAAGGGGAAAAAUAUCGAUAAAUUGUAUGAUCUACACUAUAUAUAUGUAUAUAUAUAAAUAAUUUAUAUAUUAUAUAUAUUCAUAUAUAUAUAAUAUAAAUAAUAUCUUUAUUAUAUAUAUUCAUCAAUAUUAUAUAUAUAUAUAUAUAUAUAUAUAUAUAUUAAUCAAGGGAAAUAGAUUUGACUAUUCGUAAUGAGGAAUAACGUAAUGGUUAUCUAGUAGAAUGCCAUUGUAGAAUGUAGGAAUCGUGAAGAUAGUUAAUAUUUCAUAAUUAGAAAUAUUAUUGUAAACUGUUUGAAUUAUAUUUACUGUACAAUUGCACGUUACGUAAUGAGCAAUGAAGAGUGCGUGAUGGCUAUUGGUUGUGAAAAGAUCUGGGGGAAAAAAUCACACGAACACAUUAAUGAAUACUCUGAGAGCUUAUCCUCUUGAAGUGAUUAUAUAUAUAAAAAAAGAAGAAAAAGAAUUGCCAGAAGAAAAUAAGAAUAGAACUAUUUAUCAUAUAAGUUCAAAUGAUAAUUUAAAAAUGCUAUUAUAAAAAGGAUAUCAAAACUGAAUCUAAAACUAUUUUACGCUGCAGUCUCAAAAGUUUGAAAUACUUUUUCUAAGCUCUAUCCGUGAUGUCAACGCGCAAAGAACCACCUGUUUCUAUCGUUGCGCCCGAAACGCCUGUGAAAGCAACAAUGAGUGGUAAACUUGGAGAGGAAGACACAGUACACUAAUAAUGAAAAAUUUAUCUGUUGAGCGGAUAGUGAGAAAAAAAAGUUUAUUUUUAAUGCAGCUGCAUGAUGAACGAAUAUGUAUUACGUGGAGUGGGGGGAGGGUAUAUAAUUCGUUGUAUAGCAAAAAUUACAAGUCACGUAAACACUCAGUUCAUGGGGAAAAACGUUAGCCAGUGACUUAGUGCAAAAUACAUUUUGAUUGUUUUUGUUUGUUUGUUUAUACAUUCUAGAGAGGGAGAGGGAGAGGGAGAGGGAGUGGGAGAGAGGGAAAGUGAAAGGGAGAG